ACCCCCAUUGUGGAGAAUCUCGGGCUCACACACACACACAUAGACGCAAGCUGCAAGACCCGUUGGAGUUUGAGCUGCGGGGCCACGAUUUUGAAAGAAAAACUUCGCUUCUACUCAUGGAUUUAUUUGCUUCUUUUCAGAGAUUUCGAAGACGGGCAAUGCUUCGCGUCGCCAGGCAUUUCGGAGAGUCAUCCGGGAGGAAAAGGCCACACGUACCCCUCUGCACAAAGUUGUAAAAAAGAAAAAGUAGUAGGUUCUUCUCCUCGCUCACACUCGGUAUACGCGUUGAAGAUCCCCGAUCAUCAUGGCGAGGUGGAGCAGGCACAGCACUUGGGCUUUGACGCCGACACCGCGCGCUCCUUUCCGGGAUACGUUGCUCCGUCUUCGUGGGAGCUUGUCUGCUCGUUUGUGGAGCUUUGCAUUCAUGUGCACGGCUCUUUCUUGGGGAUAUUGUCGAGCCGACACGGAGUUUUCCAUUUUGGAAGAAGCACAAGUUCUGUCCGAGCAGAUGAAGAAGCUGUCUACGCAGGAGCUGGGAGUCUUUACUAUGCAGAGGAUUUUCAACUCGUUUGUGUACACAGAGAAGACAUCAAAUGGAGAGUCAGAAGUCCAGCAGCUGGCCAAGAAGAUUCGAGAGAAGUUCAACCGCUACCUUGACGUGGUGAACAGGAACAAACAGGUGGUGGAGGCCUCGUACACUGCCCACCUUACGUCUCCUCUCACCGCAAUACAGGACUGCUGCUCCAUACCAACAUCUAUGAUGGAGUUUGAUGGAAAUUUCAACGCCAACGUGUCCAAGACCAUCUGCUGCGACAGACUGUCCCCCACCGUCAACAGCCGAGCUUUCAACCCCGGAAGAGACCUCAACUCGGUGUUGGCGGACAAUCUCAAAUCCAACCCAGGGAUCAAGUGGCAGUACUUCAGCUCCGAGGAGGGCAUCUUUACAGUGUUCCCGGCCCACAAGUUCCACUGCAAAGGGAGUUAUGAACACCGCAGCAGGCCGGUAUAUGUGUCUGCAGUGCGUCCUCAAUCGAAACAUAUUGUUGUGAUGGUGGAUCACGGCGCAUCUGUUACUGAAACUCAACUUCAAAUCGCCAGAGACUCUGCACUGGUUAUCCUCAAUGCAAUCGACGAACACGACAAGAUCGCCGUUCUGUCAGUGGCCGAGAUGGUCCGCUCCUGCUCUCUGGACCAGUGCUACAAGAGUUUGCUUUCUCCGGCCACCAGCGAGACCAAGAGAAAGAUGAGCACCUUCAUCUCCAACAUCAAGUCCUCUGAUGGCACCACGCAACACGCCGUGGGUUUCCAGAGGGCUUUCCAGCUUCUCCGCAACACCAGCAGCCUCAGCAAGCCUCAGAGCGCCACCACAGACAUGGUUAUCAUCUACCUGUCUUCUGGGAUUACAUCUCGAGAGUCAUCAGAGCCGGAGAAGAAAGCCACGCUGAGUGCGGUCAAAGAAGAGAACAGACACUUCAACAACUCUGUCAUGAUCCUCACGUAUGCACUCAUGAAUGAGGGAAUCACAGGUCUGAAAGAGCUGGCCUUCCUGCGAGACCUCGCUGAGCAGAAUUCCGUAAAGUACGGCGUGGACCGUUUUCCCGUGGCGUCGUCAUCUGGCUCAGCCGCAGUGGCGCCCGUGAUGCCCGUCGUGAAGGGCAGCAUGAUGGUGCUCAACCAGCUCAGCAACCUGGAGACCACGGUGGGCCGUUUCUAUAUCAACCUGCCCAACCGCAUGAUCGACCUGGUCCGCUUCAGUCUGCCUUACGCCGACCCCAUGGGAGACGGCUUUAUCAUGACCGUGAGUCGGCCGUGUUAUUUCGGGAACCUGCUCCUGGGUGUGGUCGGAGUGGACGUCAACCUGGCCUACAUUUUGGAGGAUGUCACAUAUUAUCAAGACUCUUUGGCGUCGUACACCUUCCUCAUUGACAACAAAGGUUAUACCCUGAUGCACCCAUCACUAACGCGGCCUUACCUGAUGACCGAGCCCCCCCUUCACACAGACAUUAUCCACUAUGAGAACAUUCCUGGAUUCCAUGCGGUGCGACAGAACAUCCUCAACCUCCCAUUGGGCAGUCAGGUGAUUGCUGUUCCAGUCAACUCAUCGUUGUCGUGGCACACUAACCGGCUCAGAGACAACAGCAAAGAUGCGUACAAUGUCAGCUACGCUUGGAAGCUGGUCCAGGACACGUCGUUCAUCCUGUGCAUCGUGUACGUGCAGCCAGAGAUUCCAGUCAAACAGCUGAAAAAUCUCAACACGGCACCCAGCUCCAAGCUGCUGUACCAUCGUUUGGACUUGUUGGGUCAGCCCAGCUCUUGCCUCCAUUUUAAACAGCUUGCGUCCGUCGAAUCCCCCACAGUGAUGCUGGCAGCUGGUAGCUUCUCAUCUCCCUAUGAGCACCUCAGCCAGCCAGAAACAAAGCGCAUGGUGGAGCACUACACAGCCUAUCUGAGUGAUAACACUCGGCUCAUCGCCAACCCAGGCCUCAAGUCCUCUGUCAGGAACGAGGUUAUGGCGACCAGUCACGUCACGGAUGAGUGGAUGACACUAAUGGAAAUGAGUAGCCUCAACUGCUACAUUGUGCGCCGUUACAUAGCAACGCCCAGUGGGGUGCUCCGGAUUUACCCUGGAUCAUUGAUGGACAAAGCCUUUGACCCCACCCGCAGACAAUGGUAUCAGCACGCUGUGGCUAACCCAGGCCUCAUCACCUUUACCGGGCCUUACUUGGAUGUGGGCGGCGCAGGCUAUGUUGUUACCAUCAGCCACACCAUCCAUGCAUCCAGCUCGCAGAUGGCCCCAGGCUAUGCAGUUGCAGUGAUGGGGAUAGACUUUACCCUUCGCUACUUCUAUAAAGUUCUGCUGGACCUGCUUCCCAUUUGCAACCAGGACAAGGGAAACAAGAUCAGGUGCUUUAUAAUGGAGGACAGAGGUUACUUGGUGGCCCAUCCUACUCUCAUUGACCCAAAAGGUCAUGCCCCUGCAGAGCAACAGCACAUCACACACAAGGAGCCACUGGUUGCCAAUGAUAUACUGAACCACCCCAACUUUGUCAAGAAAAACCUGUGCAACAGCUUCAGUGAUCGCACCGUGCAGCGCUUCUACAAGUUCAACACGAGCAUCAUGGGCGACUUAACCAACCUGGUCCACGGCAGCCAUUGCUCCAAGUAUCGUUUGACCCGGAUACCUGGCACCAACGCCUUUGCCGGUAUCGUCAAUGAGACGUGUGACUCUCUGGCCUUCUGCGCUUGCAGCACAGUGGACCGCCUUUGUCUCAACUGCCACAGAAUGGAGCAGAAUGAGUGCGAGUGCCCAUGCGAGUGCCCUCUUGAGGUGAAUGAGUGUACUGGCAACCUCACCAAUGCUGAAAACAGAAAUCCUAGCUGCGAGGUGCAUCAGGAACCAAUCACUUUGAAUGUGAUCGAUCCCAGUCUACAGGAGACGCUGCCUCAAUGUGUCAACACUCGCUGCAGCCAGAGAUACAGCAGCAGCGACUGCUUUGGUGUUUUGGACUGUGAAUGGUGCAUGGUGGACAGCGAUGGCAAGACCCAUCUGGACAAGCCGUACUGCGCCCUGCAGAAGGAGUGCUUCGGGGGCAUUGUCGGUGCAAAGAGUCCAUAUGUGGACACCAUGGGCCUCCUUGAUGAGGAGGUGGCAUCUUUGAACAUGAUCAAGAGUGCCCCUGUGGGUCCGGUUGCCGGGGGUAUCAUGGGAUGCAUCAUGGUGCUGGUAUUGGCUGUGUAUGCGUACAGACAUCAGAUCCACAGGCGCUCGCACCAGCACAUGUCGCCACUGGCAGCACAAGAAAUGUCGGUGAGAAUGUCCAACCUGGAUAAUGACAGAGAUGACAGGGAUGACGACAGCCACGAGGAUCGAGGCAUCAUAAGUAAUACUCGAUUUAUUGCUGCGGUGAUCGAGAGGCACACCCACACUCCGGAAAGACGCCGGAGGUACUGGGGACGAUCUGGUACAGAAAGUGACCAUGGCUACAGCACCAUGAGCCCUCAAGAGGACAGCGAGAAUCCGCCCGGUAACAACGACCCGCUUUCGGCGGGCGUGGAUGUCGGAAACCACGACGACGACCUGGACCUGGACACCCCACCUCAGACGGCGGCCUUACUCAGCCACAAAUUCUACCCCUACCGACACACGCACACACACCAUCACCCACUCCACACGCACCACCUCCAAGCCGCCGUCACGGUUCACAGCGUGGAUGCGGAAUGCUGAUCCGUGAUUUACAAAACGUGCUGAUUCAGACACUUGAUUGCGCUCAGCAUCGCUGCCAAUAAUUUGACUUUUCCACAGACCUGAACUCAAUAAGUGUUGUCUUUUUUUACACACUGAAAAUAAGCCAACUAUUUUUAUUUGUUUUCUGAAGGAAUCCAUCCUUCUGGACUCUUUUAAGAGCAAGCUUAAAAACCAUUUUAUGGAAGUUCAUUGGAAUAACUGGAGGCGUGUAAACCUGAGAACAAGCUUCAUUUCCCCACGGAGGGCCAACGCAAAGCAACAGUUUGCUGGCUAGAAAGCCGAGCCACCAAGUUCUUACUUGUCGUCACUACUGGAUCACAGGACUACCUUCUAAGCAAAAAACAUACUUCACAAAUAGAUAAACACUACAAAGGUCAAAGAUUUUCCUCCAAAAAUAUAUUUAUUCAAGUUUGCCAAACAGAUACAAGAGCCACAUUGGGUCAUGUGAUAUUUGUUUGCACGUACAUAUUGUUGCAUUCUCUUCACUCGGUGUGUCUUGUAAACAGCGAGCCUUAAUCACGUGCUGAGUGAUAGCAAUUCAAAAAGGACAGACAUUUGUUUCUUCCGUGACCUUAACAUCCAGCUUCAGGUCCAUGUACAACGUGGACUUGAAGCUGGAUGUCAAAGUUCUUGGAUAAACGGCUUUCCGUAAUUGAACUGGAACUAACGCAACGUUCUUUGUAAGUUGGCAGCCUUUGGAGUGUUUCCUUUCCACUACGAGCUGAACACUUCCAGACGCUGUUGAAUAUUGGCUGUGUCCUGACACAGACACAGUGUGUGCAGAAUUAUACCGGACUUGAAUGCCCAAGUUGGGAAGUCCCUGUUGUUGAAGAAGGAUGGGAGAGAGAGAGAGAGAGAGAGAGAUGCUGCUGUUUUACACAGGAGAUAGAUGCCUGUCUGAUAUCUCCUAUGUGCUUAACCACUCAAAGUGUGCGUGGAUUUUUUUUUAUUUUUUUUUAUGUGAGGACAAUUCUCUGCAUGGUCCACACAGGAAAAGUGACGGGAAGAAUUUAUGUUUACUGUUUGUUUGCGUGCGUGUGUGCAUUUUCAAUGAAUGAAUUAUUUUCCCUCAAGUUUAUUAAUCCACUUAGAGUUUUCCUCCUGAUGAAGAGUAACAUGACCCCAUCUGCGCUCAGUGGCGUUGAUGUUUUUUUUUUUUCUUUCGAGAUUCUUUAUGUACGUAGUGUAAAGGGAGAAUCAUCUAUCACUGCAUAUAUUGUUGCCAAGUAUGCCUGGAAAUGAUCCUCUGAUGUUUGAGUUGAUAUGGAAACGUGUUGUCUCGCUAUAUUAAGGAGGCCUUGGAUAACUUUUAGGUUUAUUUUUCUUGAGGUCCAUAUUGGAUGGAACUCGGUACUUGGAAGAAUUCAUACUUACUCACUUUUACAUGAGACUUGUUGAUUUAUUGUCAAAGCUCCCAAAAGUUCUCGUAGGUGUGGAAAUAAAACAACGGUACAUUUUGAUGCAGAUGAAU